UCCUACUACCGGCAGCCUGCCGGCAACCAAACCCAAUUCGCCCGGCAUCUCAUCGGCAACACACUCGUAAAUAUUAGCACGGGAACAGCAGUUUUGAUUUCACGCCGCACGUUAGUGUGUUAGCUUCGGUACGUGGCCACGUCCACGCGCACCGGCCGUAUAUGAAUGUUCGUCUACCGAAGAUAGCAGUUGAGUUGAUGAACGAUGUCAGGAUCGGUCAGCGUCAGGAUGUUUGCGUGGACAAGCGUUCUUACAGUUUUGGUUCUACCUUAUUUGCACGUUGCCUUUGCUAAGGACACUGAAAAGACACCGUUUGUAAAAGAUCAGUCGCAUGUAGGAUGGCAUGAGCGACAGCUAGUCAGUCGUCUACUGGAUAGUGAGCGGUUCCCACACCGAGCGUUGACUCUGCCAGCUGACUCAAUAGACCUGCCACUGACUGUCGAGAUCGGCUUCAUGCUCCAGCAGAUCAUGAAUGUGAACGAGAAAGACCAGAUUCUAGUCAUCAACGCAUGGCUCAACUAUGCAUGGAGCGACCCAACUCUGGCGUGGAACCAAUCUGAUUACGGCGGCGUCAAGAACAUUCGUCUUCCACCAAGUCACAUCUGGACCCCAGACGUGCUUCUCUACAACAGUGCCGACGAUGGUUUCGAUGCGACUUACCACACCAACGUCCUGAUCAACUCGUCUGGUUUCUGUACCUGGAUCCCGCCCGGUAUCCUCCGUAGCACCUGUCAGAUUGACGUGGAGUACUUCCCCUUCGACGAGCAGGUCUGCACGCUCAAGUUCAGCUCCUGGACCUAUGACGGCUUUGCACUUGACCUGGUCACCAGGAACGAUAGCACCUUCACUGAUUCCAUGACGGAGAAUGGAGAAUGGCAGAUGCUGAGUAUGUGGGCAUUGCGGGAGGUCGAGGAUUUCGAGGGCGCCCCCUACGUUGCCGUGACCUUUAAACUCCGCAUUCGUCGUCGAUCUCUCUACUAUUUCGUCAACGUGCUCAUCCCGUGUGUGCUUAUCUCUAUGCUGACGGUGCUUAGCUUCAGCCUGCCUCCAGACAGCGGCGAGAAAUUGUCUUUCGGUGUGACCAUCCUACUGUCACUGACAGUCUUCAUGAUGAUCGUCGCCUCAAACAUGCCCGAAACGUCUUUCGUAAUCCCCUUGAUCGCUAAAUACUUCACCUGCGUGCUGGUCUUGGUGGCGCUCUCCGUCGUCUUUACGGUCGUCAGUUUGAACCUUCACUUCCGCAAUCCAAACACGCACAGCAUGCAUGGAUGGCUACGUUGCGUCUUACUGGAAUACCUCCCGUGGAUACUGCGCAUGACCCGCCCAGGUCAGGAUAUAACAAAUCCUUGCUUCUCAAAAAAUCACGUGACGGGCAAGCCGAAGAAGGACAUGGAAAUGGUGGAGAGGUCCCCGCUUCGCAACCGAGCCACGGGAAUCGGGGAGCAAGCUACCCGCAACGGCAUCCGGACGGGGAAUUGUCACGGUUACCUCAACUCCACCGACGCCAUCGGGGUCAAGUACGCCAAUUAUGCUACCGGCGCGGGAGAUGGGCAAGAGGUAGAGCCGAUGCUGAGCGUGGAUCACAAGGGCUGCCCGGCGUGCUGCAACAAAGGCCCCAUCCUGGACGAACUUCGGUUCCUGACCAAUAGGUACCGCAAGAAGGAGACGGAGGAUGAGGUGGUAUCUGAUUGGAAGUUUGCGGCCAUGGUGGUGGAUCGGCUUUGCCUUGUCGUCUUCAGCAUCGCUACCCUGCUUGUCACCUUCAUCCUACUCUAUACCGCACCGAAUUUUGGAAGAUAAGUGUUGAGGGUAUCGGUCGUGCUUGCUCGGUACCGCGGUGGCUCGAUGUGCGGUGAAUGUCUUUCAAUGCGGUGAUGAACUAAAGGUACAUGACACCAGUGUCAUAUUCCAGCCGGUUGCAGAGAAAAUAGCCCCUUCAAGCUGUGUGGGGUGUUAUAGCCCAUCCAACUGGCACUAUUUGUGCUGUGUUCGAAGAGAAAGAAUUACAACACGCGUUUUGAAUGGGGUUUUGACGAUUUGUCGCAGUACCAAAUUUGGCAAAUUUUGGCAAAUCAGGCAUAACAAAUUUUAACGGCAAUUUUGUCGUUAUAACAGUGGCUGGUCAGAGAGACUGUCCAUCAGUACUCGAUGAAGGCAAGGUUUAUCAGACCUGCGGAGUAUUCAGAGUGACUGUGAAUUCAAGGAGAUGAUGCCUCGACGCUUUGGGCUAUUUUUGUACGGUCUUUCAGUACGAUUUACAAGUAAACUUUUUAAACGAGGAUGUGCAACUUGAUUGUGCAGGAUUGGUUUCGCAAUAAUAUCUUCCAAAUGUAGUUUGUGAACGCAUAAGAGUAAGAUUCUUUUAGGAGGUUUAUGGGUAUAGUUUCAUAUUGCCCUUGAAGGAUAAAGUCUAGGGGUUAGAGGGAAGUUGGCACCAUACGGACGUUAGCAUGAGUAGUGAAAGGCGAAAGGCCAAGUGAACAUUUCGAAAAUGUAUUGGUGUAGUGAGGGCGCAACACUAAUUUAUUUAUGGUAAUAGGGGCGAAUCCAGGUUUUGAUGGGGGGGGGGGGGU